UGUUUUGAUGAUAACAUAAUGAGUGUUUAGUUUAUGAUAUCUAUUUCAUAGCCAUUAAUAAUCUAAUGAUACGAUUUUGUCAGGUAAGUGUUUGCAUGUGAUUGGAAACAUCGGGUGUUUUUAGUUAACAAAAUGGACGCCAUGGAAGAAUCCAGCAGAAUUAUUCUAAAUAUUUCUGGGACUAAAUAUGAAGUGACUAGAAAUUCUCUUUUAACCCAAGUUAGCUCACGUUUAGGGCAGCUAGCUAGUUCUUUGGAUAGCACGAAGCUAGAGGAGAUUUAUUUCAAUAGACCGUCUGUACCCUUUGAGGCCAUUUUGAUGUUUUAUCAGACCGGAAAAUUACACUUGCCACCAAACAUUUGUCCAAAUGUUUUCAAAGAAGAACUAGAAUACUGGGAGAUAGAUCAUGAACUUAUGGAACAAUGUUGUUUCCUCAAUUACAUUCAGUUCUUGGAUAGUUACAAAACCAAAUCAGAUUUUAAGUCCACUAUUAAGCAAAGCCAGGACUUUACUUUGAGCCCAUUGGCUAGGAAAAAUCGUGUAUGGAGGAUUAUAGAUUAUCAAGAAAGGUCAUGGUUGUCCAAGAUAUUCUUAUUCGUUGGUGUUGCCUUCGUUUUGCUGUCGGUUAGUACACUUGCACUCAGUACUUUGCCACAAUACAAACGUACCCUGACUACAUGUGAAUGGUAUGAAUAUGUAGUUGCUGAUGAUGCAAUUAACCCAGAAGUUAAAAACUAUUUCAUGAAGUACGACUGUCAUUUGCUUAAAAUAACUACAACAGGAAACGAGUUUCAAUUUGAUUUUGACCAAAAGGAACCACCUCAGCAGUUUCAGCCUCAAAAACAGCAUGUCGGUAAAAGAUCUAUUCCUUAUAAAGGAAAUCCUCAAAUUACAACUUCUUCAACAAAUGUAACGCAGAACGGAAGUAUAGCUGAACAUGAUAGCCAGCAGGACACGUUAAAAACGACUUUCCCAACGUUGACUUUCAAAAAUGACAUUUUCUACCAGAUUGAUUAUCUUGCUACAGCUUUUUUCACAGUUGAACUAUUAUUAAGGUUAUUGGUUUGUCCAAGUUUAAAAGUUUACUUCAUGAAUUUUUUAAAUGUUAUUGAAUUUGUAGUUCUGAUCGGCACAUAUGUUGACAUUGUUAUAUUUAAUAUGAAGAGUGGAUAUAAGUUUUCGCCUACUUUCACAAGUCUGGUUGAUUUUAUAAAGUUUCUAAGAGUGAUAAGGUUAUUGCGAUAUUGUCAACAUCUAGCUGCUGUAAAGGUGCUAAAAUUUUCACUUUGACAGAAUUCGAAGGACCUUCUUGUAUUGCUGUUUCACAUUGUCAUCAUUCUAUUGAUUUUUGCGAACAUCAUCUACUUGGCAGAAGAGAGAGACAAUAUUGAUAGCAUACCACAAGGAUGGUGGUUAGGACUAAUAACCUUGACUACGGUUGGUUAUGGAGAUUUAUCGCCUAAAACUUUUGUCGGGAAAAUGGCGUGCUCUGUAUGCGCAUUGUGUGGAAUCAUUAUGAUGUCGCUUAUUAUCCCAAUAUUUGUUGAAACAUUUGUACAGUUAUACGGCAUCGCUCAUAUUGGAAACAGGCCCAGCGAGAAAUCAGUAGUAAGACCAAAGCAAUUAAACAAGGUUCGUGAGAUUGAUGUCAAACAGAACAUCGCGUCUGCUGAAAUCAAAGAGAAGUAUUGAGAAUCCUGAUGGCAAUGCAGAAAUUAAGAAUGAUUUGUACGUUAUGAAUAAAAUCAAUGAAAUACCUAUUUACCAUUUCGUAUCAUCAAUAUCAAAAUUAUGUUAAAAUAACGUACUAAAUA